CUCGCGAGUGAAGAUGCAUGGAAGUUCAAGUAUUGGGUCGGGCUCCAUCGGUACCCGGCUGAAGUGCAUCCAGGAUACACAGGCACAGGAGGAGCGCCAGAUGAAAGAACAACACGCGCGUUACUUGGACCAGGUCCGCGAAGCGCAACAGAACGAGCUCAAGAUUCUCGCAGACAAGCACGCAGCGCAACUCCAAGCAUUCUUUGAGGAUGUUCAGCGCGCCGCUGCGCAGAUUGACGCAGAAGCGAACGCGUUGAUGGAAAAGAAGCGACAAUGGGACAUUGUCGAGCAGAGAGUCCAUGAAGCCAUGGAAAAGCUGUCUAACUCGGUUGUCAAACUCAACGUUGGCGGGCGCAUCUUUGCUCUCCCAAAGGACACGCUGCUCAAAUACGAGGGAAGUUACUUCCACGCGAUGCUUUCACAAAGCAAGUGGAAACCUGACUUGGACAAUGAUGCAUAUUUCAUCGAUGCCGACCCCACCUUGUUCGAGUACGUCAUGACGUACUUGCGCGAAGGCGACUUGAGCUGCGAGGGUCUCCCGCCCCUCAAGAAGCAACGACUCAUGAAGACUCUCGACUAUUUGAACCUGGAAGUUCUAGAAUGGGACGCUAGUGCUUCUGUGGGUUUUGGACCUAUCCUUGGGCGCAUGGAACAACUUCGACUGCAUCAUUUGCUUGCUUUACUGACACCGCCAUGCUAGGCAUCACAGACGGCACGAUAUUGAUAUCGGAAGACAAACGGACAGUGAGUUUCUCGCUCUCCAUCGCCGACGAAAGCGGAUUCAUUCAGGCAAAGCGUCCAGUGGAUCGUGUAUCUAUCCAACUCGUGAACCGCGGCAACACGCUCAACGUCAUGCCGCAAACGUACAUUGGACUGGAAGCGUUCAAACCGGACGGCGACGUCGACUCUGUCGUGUCGUACAACAUUUGCUCUGGCGAAGUGAGCCGCGGCCACCUCUUUGAAGACUCCCCGCGGGGCCAAACAUUUGCCGACGGUGACAUCCUUACAAUUGUGUACAACCGCCAAGCCAAGACGAUCCAGUUUGCCAAGAAUGGUCUCGACAUGGGCAUCUGCCUCGAAGACGUGCCCGACAAAAAGUACUACCCGUACGUCGACACCAACUGCGACGGCAUUUGCUUGUCGCUAGCUAGUUGAGCCCUCUCGACAUGUAAAUUAUCCUCGAUACGAGCGCACGUCGCGCGACACGCUGGAGUGCCCGAUGCAAACGCUACCGACAGCGUGGAAGGGUCGAAAAAUGU